AUGCCAACGCUGGAAGUCCCCACGCUGCAGGAGCUGAAUGUGGAUGAAGUGAGUUUUUGUGAAUCAAUUUCAAAACAAGACAGAUUAUCCAAGCUAACAGAAGCUAACGCUAGCUGCUACUGUGUGUAAAGCUUCACAUUUUCUGGAGUAAACAAUCGUUCUGCUGUUUCUAACUCAGUGCUGAAAGAGACAAGUGAGACAGUAAUGUAGUUGACCCAAAAGCAAAUGUUUAUGAAUGAGCCUGACUGUUCUGUCAUUGUUGGGAUUUCCUGCAAAUGACACGACCUGUAGGACACACGCGUUAAAGUCUAACCAAACAUUUUAUAGAUCAUAUUAUAACUGUAUUGCACUCUUACAUUGACAGUAUCUACACAUUAGCUGCCCCUAAAACGUGUGACCACUUCCUGACAGCAGGAGUGUGACUCUUGUCCUUGGAUGCCCGAUAUUUAUGAGUGAGAGUUAGUUUCCAAAACACCUAUGAGAGCAUAAGGAACUUGUACCAAACCAGCUCAGGUCCUGGAUUAUUUUAUUUGGAGUACCAGAAGAACAGUUUUGUGGACUCAUCUGACCCCCACCUCCAGCAGCUUUUUAUUUUGUUUUUAUAAAUUGAGGAUUACACAGAAACAUUGUUGUGUUUGUAAAGUCUAAUAAGUUAAAAUAACAAUAACUGGUAGGAUUUAUAUUGCGCCUUUAUUACCACUUAAAGAUGGUUACACAAAUAUGUGUAAUAUGAGCUAAUUCUAUUUUAUUCUAUUUCAAAUGUUCGAGAUUGAUUUAUGUGGGUUUGAUCAGUUUCUAUGUAAGUUCAGUAUUAUAUUUAUAAAGCAUCUCUGAACUGACAUCAUUAACACACAAAAUCUGCUUCAUGCUCAGGUGACAGGCCAGACAUUUUAAGAAACAUCAGGAUUUAUUUUUUUUGGUAAUCUCAUUACCUGAAAUAACAUAUAGCAGAGUCUGUCAAAUUUACAGGUUAAGAAAAUACACAGCAAGUUUUUUUGGUCAACUUGGGAGUGUUUGAAUGUUUACUUCAGAGACAGUUUCUCUCUGUGAAAUGGAUAAUAAAUGUUUUUAUUAUUAUACUGUCUAUUAUACUGUGCAAUAUCCCAGAGUUCAAUGCCGUAAACUAGUUUUACUUGUAUGUAGUUUAUUUCUUAAACACUCUUUGCUUUGUACAUAGCUUUAUUUCUAAUAUUCUGCACUUUGCACUAACUGUUGUAAUUUAUUAUUGAGCCUAAUGUUAUUUUUACUUUUAUAUUCUUCUAUCACGUUUGUAUUCUAACAAGUGUACUGACUGAAUAUUCACUGGGAUAAAUACAGUAUUCUGACUCUGAUAAAUAAUCUUCUACCCAUCUCACAAACCUUUUAACUAAGUUUAUAGUGUGAGUCAAACAGAACAACAACCCCGUGUUAUAAAAAUUAAGUUAAAUCUGAAUGUAACUACAUUUGUGUACUUUUUUAAUUUACAUUUUUCUCUUCUUGUGUAUUUCCAGAUCAACGUGUCAUCAGCAGUACUGAAGGCUGCUGCACACCAUUAUGGCGCUCAAUGUGACAAACCCAACAAGGAAUUCAUGCUCUGCCGAUGGGAGGAGAAGGAUCCCAGAAAAUGUCUAGAAGAAGGAAGAAAAGUGAACGAGUGUGCUCUCAACUUCUUCAGGUAAUGCCGAUCAGAUCUCUGUAAUCUACAGUAUUUUUGUGCCAAACACUGAAGUCACUCAAAGACAUGAUUUACAGAACAACCAUCAAGAACGACUACACAAUGUUUAGUUGUACUUGUUCUAGCUUUCUAUUUGAAGGAAGGGAAUCUGAAAGACUUUGAGCAGUAACUGUAGACAUGUUGUUGGCUCUGAUGAUGUUGACUUGGUAAACUUAACAUUGAAGAGGCUAGUGUCAUGUCUUACCUUGCUUGAUAAAAACAUAGCUUUUCUUAUCCAUGUAAAAUAAAUGAAUAAUACUAAUAACUUAAAACACAUAGAAACAGCUUCACUUGGCUCAGUGAAGUAAAUGUAACCUGCAUCCAGAGGCUUUAGACCUCACCCCAGUGGUCGCUGGUUUGUCUCUUGGCCACAACCCUCCACUGCAUGUCAUUCUCCACUGUCUGCUUCCUGCAUUUCUUGUAUCUCUUCAACUGUCCAUUUAGUAAGGGGGAAAAAGUAUGGUUUUGUUUGAUUGCAUGCAUAAAAUUUAAACAAUCUUGUAUACUUAGAAACAGAGUAUAUAAGAGUAUACAUUUUAAACACAGCAUCAAACUGAAUCUUUGUAUUCAACAAUAAAAUUGCAUAAAAUGGUGGCAAACAGGGAUGAAACAGAAUCAUCAAUAUCUUGCAAUUGCAAGAUCAGAGUGUCUUGAAACUUUUGUGGACCCAUGAAUUUAUGAAACGAUAAAUCCUCUAGGGGAAAAGUGUAGUUUUGUUUCAGCUGCAGUGGUUCAUAGUGGAGGGAAUAAGGAACUACAAAGACCAUUGUCUCAUGCCUGCCAGUCUUUUUUUACACUGUGCUCACUGCUUUAGAUAAGUCCACUUCAGUUAGUGUUUGAGCUUAUCAGUACCUGUGUGGAGUCUCAUGAGUCCCAUGAUGUUAUACCUCAAGUUAAGCCACAUUUGAAUUAAACCUGUGGCUAUUGUCUAAUUAAGUUUUUGAAAAUUUUCCGGCCAAAGAAACAUCUUGGUGGUCAGCUGCUUGUGAGAGUGGCUGAAAAGGUCUUGAGUUUGGCCUUUGACUGUCUUUGGGUAAAAAAAAGAAAAAAGAUUGUCCACCUUCAUUUGCUGCUGCUGCUGCAGGAAGUUGACCUCCUCCUUCUACCAUUUGAAGCAGCUUUGGUAAUCCCCCAAACCUUCUAGCGACUAAAAAAAUAAAAGAACUACAAAUUAAAAAUGGUAAUUCAGUGUGGAAAUCGCAGGACAUAAAGCUUGUUGGCUAAAUAAACAAGUUGCCAUUCGGUGAGACUAUAAUCAAAUAUCUGUCAGAAAAUAAGUCAAAUGUCAUCUUGAUGCAUUCACAUAUUUCAUCAAGAAAAGUCUCAAUUAUAUUCUGCUAAGGAAUUUGAUAAUUGAGACAAAGGCCAAGGUUACACAAGUUACUCACUAUAGGUGCACAAAUGAGUGCGCUUUUCAAGCUACUCAGAAAGUGUUCAAUUGUCUUUUAAUAUUGCAAUAAAUAUCAUAUCGCGUAAAUUAAAUAAUCAUCAGGCUGAUAUAACAGAAAGACACAGCAACCCUUCUUAAAAACGGUUCGAAAAAGGGCUUGCAAAUUUAUAAACAUUAAAAGUACCGCGGCUAUUGUGUCAAUGAAUCUGCCCUUGGGGGGUAUUUCUAAGAAGUGGUCUGGCCUUUCUUACUCUAAACUGCUGUGUCUGCCUGUGUUUACCGGUGCUUUAUAACUGAGCUUUGGUUUGCCCUCUUGUUAACUGAGGUGCUUUUGUGUGCGUCUUUAAAAGUUUGUGUUUCUGGUUCUCCAAAAACACAAGACCUCUAAUUCGGAGGUUGAAACAAACAACCGACACUCUCACCUCAAAGACAAACCGAGAGUCAUUGCGAAAGAGUAACACCUGUAAUUAUUAUAAUGAGGAAAGAUUUGAGAAAAGCUGUAAUUAGCCGGUGACCUGGUUUGAUUCUUGGGGGCCUCUGGAAACUGCCAGCCACAUUUAUGAAAACUUAAGUGUAACGACUUGUUGAGUUUGUCCAUGGGAACCAAAGAAAACCUGUGACUUUGAGAAAACAAGAGAUCAUAAACAAAGAUUGAGUGAAAGUUUAGUCAUUGUUGGUUUUAAAUGUAGACUUUUAAUCAGAAAUAUUCUACAAUAAUUUCUUUUCUACUCCUGCUGCAAAUCUGUUUUAUUUGUUCUUUCUGGAAUCACUUUAUCUCCUUCACCAUUUAUUUUUUCCGCAUUUUUUUUAGGAGAAACUUCGAUCUCAUGCAUUGCAAGUGAUUUAGUCUCACACUUGAAUAUUUUAUUCACUCUUUGCAGGCAAAUCAAGGCAAACUGCGCCGACUCCUUCACUGAGUACUGGACCUGUCUGGAUUAUACCAACUUGGCGGAGCUGCGUCGCUGCCGUCAGCAGCAGCAUGCCUUUGAUAGCUGCGUCCUUGACAAGCUGGGCUGGGAGAGACCUGUGCUGGGCGACCUGUCUAAGGUGAGCCUUGUGAUAGAAUGACUGUGCAUUUACGAUGCGAACGGCUCAGUUGAUGGGCUCUAUUCUUGCUGAUUGUGGGCUGUAUAAGAGGCACUGAUUGCAUCUGCAUAGUAGCCUCUGUAAGUAGCAGUACUGAGUAGGCAAAGCAUGAAUUUAUGACGCUUUUCUUUUCGCCAAAAGGCUUUGAAGGGGCAUGCAUAACUUAAUUUGAAGCACUAAUUAAGUUGCAGCUCUCCCAAAAUACCUCAAAUCAAUCUUGACAACAGCUUUUUUAGACUUUUAUUUCCAGACACUUCAUGUCUGCUGACACUUGCUCAGACCUGAGUCUUAAGUUUUCAGAACAUUUUAUCAGCUGCCUGGUAAAAAUGCCACUAAAGCAUGUUUUAAAUCACCCUUCAGAGAAAGCAGGAGAAUAGAAAAAGGACUCUAAAAUUUUGAUUUGCCUGUUCAAAAUUAAAGACUUGUGUUUGAGAUGGUUGGAACAGAAAAAAUUUAGAGAAAUUUUGAGAGUACACAAUCUAGAAAAGAAACAGACCAGAGCCUGAGGUUGCAGUGAAAUGUGAAAAAAUCAAGGGUUAAAGAGAGAAAUGCAGCAGGUAAUGAAGAAUUCUUUAGACUGAACCGUGUUCGCACUUUUAAUUUUGUGUAUAUCUGAUAACAAUGCCAUAAAUGUAACAUUUUUUUUACAGGUGACCAAAGUAGCGACCUCACGGCCCCUCCCCGACAAUCCUUACCACUCUAGACCUCGUCCUGAGCCUAACCCAGUCAUCGAGGGAAAACUAGAGCCCGCCAAACAUGGCAGCAAGUUAUUCUUCUGGCCUUGGUGAGGCCGCCCCAGAGUGUACAAAGCCUUCCAAAGCCAUGAGAUCUGCCCAAAAAUGCUCCAGCUAUUGUCACCAUCAUGACAGCUGAGGAGGUUUUAAGUUUCGGUGUAAGUUUUGCCACUUUUGUCAAAGAUCUUGAGGUCAUUUUUGUGCAGAGCUCAUGUGCCGACAGCGUCACAAACAGCUGUACAUCCAGCACCAUCAAACAGUUCAAUAAAGGAAGGAGGAGUGGAUGAUUGUGAACGCAGCCCAUGAAUCCACACAGCUUUCCCAACCCCCUCUGUAAAUGUAAUGAGUGAACAAAUGCAACAUGAUGUUAUUAUUGUUGUCCGAUAAUAAAAACAAUAUAUUAUAAUUUUACUUUGUGUCUUCAUUUAUGUUUGCAUCUAGCAGUCAGAUCAAGCAGCGUUUCUUAUAAGGCACCCGCAUGUUUGCACAUCUGUGUUUUGUCAGUGUGUAUUGCCAGGCUCAUGGAGGCUGAGGUCAAAGGUCAAGGUUGAGGGUCACUACCUGCAGCCAGAGAGAGCUGCUUCUGCUUCCUCCCUUUCUCCUGGCUUACUUCCUGCCUCUGACCUGGACUGGAAGAAGACAGGGGGAGUCAUUUUGGAGAUGCACAGAGAAGUCUAUUUUUUCUGCUUGCACACACACUCACACACAGAUACACACUCAUGACCUCAAGUGGAAGGAGAUGAGGAGUCCGUUCGAAGACCUGACAGCCUGUGGAACAAAGUGGACUGUGCCAGUACAAGCACACGAGCACACUGACAAGCCAGUGGGACGUUAUCCAAGAUCAAGGUUGGACAGUAAUGUGGGUGAGGGAGUCCUGAUGUAUUCAGGGCUCAAAAAAAGAUCAGUUCUUUUUUUUCUAAUAUGUAUCAGCUGUUUAGAAACCUCUUAAUAGCAGUUGUGACACUAUUUAUUCUGAUACUAGCUCUGCUGAAUGAUACCCACCUCCAUGAAAUGCCAAAUUUGGUGUUUGCCAGUAAAAUUAGAUAUUUAUUGUUGCAUUUGUUUCAUUAUUAAAAGCCCAUGAGCUGCAUGAUUUUUUAGCCAAAUGACAGCCCUAUUUGUGUGAUUACAGUGUUAGAGUUUUUUUUAUCUACUGCUUUCUAAUGUCACAUAAUUUGGUUUUAAGACAGCAGACUUUCCAACAGAACGCAGCUGUUUAUUGAUUCAAGAAAUAAAGGUUUCGUUCAGCUGUGUAAGGAGUUUGAAUUGCCUCUUACUGAGUUUGUGACUGUACGGUAGGUGAAUAUUUUAUGUGAAAGAAAAUGAAGUUAAAGGUCCUAUAAGAAACUUUCUGUUUAUGCCAUUUUUGGCGCCCCCUGUGGACAAAGUUGUAUUUGUUUUUUACCCACUACAUUAUUCAGUAGACACCUUUGACAAUCAAAUCUAUAAUUAUAGUGAAUAUUUAUGUAGGAAUUGUAAAAACAGGGCUGUUUCUCGCUGCUCAGGUGACACCAACCCCUCACUCCGGUUUCAGUCAUUGAGAAUGAACAUGUUUAAAUUGCUAGUCUUGUCACUGAUGUUUUCAAAAGGCAUCAAUAUGAAUCUCAGUCUAUUUCAUUUAUGUAAAAAAGCUUUAGGAGUUCCUUUGUGAAUUUGUAGGAUUAAAUUUGAGCUCAACCAGAGAUGGUGCCAUAAAAACAAUGUUCAGCUAUGUUUCAUAAUGAAGACUCAGUUUAGGAACAAGAGCUGUUCACUGAGGAAAAUCACCGGUAAUUGAAAUUGGCUAAAUUAUUACAUUUUUAUUUUUAUCAGUACCAGCCCUGGUCAAGUGUUUUGCCCAAGGACACUUCAGCAUGUGGACAGCAGGAGACAGGAUGGAACCCUGAACCUUUUGAUUGAGCGACAGCUGACUCUACCACUGAGCCACAGCCGCCCCUUCAGGGACUCUUGAGGUCAGGAGCUAUCAGGGCGAACUGUGAUCUUUAUUUAGAGUAUGAAUAAAAUGCUUUUGCUUAUUCUAGAUGGGGCAUUGAUAUCAUACCAACUGAAUUUGUUUUUGAUUCUUCAUAUUUUAACAUUUUUCCCACAAGUUUUUGUUUAUCCUCUGACAGCGAGUCACAGCUUUUUGCCAAGACUAUUUUCAGUGUGUUCAGUAGCUCUGUAUGUGCAGACAUGAGGGUGCUUGUCUCCUUGUUUUUACAGGGUGUCACUGACAGUGGUUGCAGAAAUCCCCCUCAUAAGGUGUGGUCUGGACCUGCAGCUUGCACAGGAAAAGCCUGACGGACCCUCUUCUGACCUGGACGGUGGGACAAAGAGUGGAGGAAAGGAGGUGUGGACGGAGGGAAACAAGGAGGAGAAGGGGGUGAGGACAGAUAGGAGGUGAAAGGAAGAAAAUAUUGAAGGAGGGGAAGAAGGAGGUGAUAGAGGGGAGGGAAAUUACAGCAAAUAAAAAGGAAAAUAAAAAAAAGAAAAGAGAAAAGUGAGAUGUAAAAAGAUAAAGCAGGGAAUGACCUGAUGGCAGACAGACAGAUUGGAGUCUUUGAGGUUGUCCAGUGGCUGUCUGUGAGGCCCCCGGGCUCGUGGCAGGCCUGUCUCCAUGCGACUUUCAGGAAGCGGAGGGUCAUCGUUUGACACGGUACCGCCACAGGAAAAGAGGCUCUGGCACAGGAAAGAAAUACAAUAUAGGGCUUUCACAAAGCCACAGCCCACCUGGGAGCCUGACGUGCUAAAAUACUCAAACAGCCCCGCUUGUUCAUAACACACGACUGUCAAUAUUCCCAUUGUUAAAGGCCGAGUUUGAGAUAAUAAAAGGAAUGCUGAAGUGUGGAUGAGCAAGCAGAGCUGGUGGAGGAUCGUGUUAUUUCCUUUAAUUCAACUUUGUGAGACUGAAGACGAGAUAUUAAGUCAGAUAUUGACAGUUUCCAGUCCCAGUGCUGUUGUGCGUUAUAUCAGCACUUUUGGAAAUCUUCUUGUCCAAUCAGAUUACUUGAUCAGAGCAAACAUUUGUAAACUUUGUAUCAAGAGCACAACGCUGCACUCUUCCUCUACGGGAUGUCUGCUGUAUCCAUUAGGAGCCCUGAACAUGUGGGUGCACUUCUUUUAUCCAAAUGUUGGUGUGUUUGAUUUGUUUAUGUUGGUGUACCUUCUUUGCCAUCUUCUUCUGUGAUCUUUAGACUGUACAUGUUACUGAGUGCUGCUUUCAUGUCUCCUCUUAUCCCGGCGUACAGCGCAGGGUGGCUUUGAACAGCCAUGCUGGCUGCUUUAUGAAUGAAACACACAACCACAAGCCACAAGUACCGUCUCUACGUCUACGGCCGCCACUUAUGGAGAGCAGUGAUCUGGGAGCUUCAAAAGAGUUACUCUCUCAUAGACAUGCAUGUGCACACAAACACAGCAGACAUUGUUCAUGUAGGUUCAUCAGGUUAAUGAGAAUAACCUUCAAAUCUUUGGAGGUCUGUGUAAAAGUGUGGCCUGAAAGAUAUUUGAAUAAAAAAGACAUGAUUUAUUAUUAAUGAGGCUUUAAAGGGAUAUUCUGGCGUAAAAUUAAUUUAGGGUCAAACACAGCGUAACACAGAGUAAGACACCCCCUCGAGAGAUGAAUGUUGCCAACCGCUUGCUUCUCUAGUUAUACCAACUUUAGUAACGACCACAGAUAGCAAUACAUCUUUUUAACUUUGCCCGAUUUCUUUAGCAAAGAGAGGAAGCACAACUCACCUACUCUCUUCCAGCAGCCGCUCGUUUGUAGCGAGACCUCGGGCCAAUCCGUUAUGGACUACAGCGGGGUGACACAGCUCAAGGAAGAACAUUUAUGAUCAUUUCUUCUGAAAUGCAAUCAGACUGAGAUGCUAAGGCAGAAGAACUACCACGUCUGCAGAGCAAAAUGAUUAAUAUGAUGAUUAUUACUUGAAGGAAAUGAUAAAGUAAUGAUCAUAAAUGUUCUUCCUUGAGCUGUGUCACCCUGCUGUAAUAGAUUGGCCUGAGGUCUUGCUACAAACAAGCGGCUGCUGGAAGAGAGUAGGUGAGUUGUGUUUAAUCUCUUUGCUAAAGAAAUUAGGCAAAGCUAAACAAAGAUGUUGGUGGCUAGUGCUAUGGCUAGGACCCUAUAUGUACUGUUGAUGAAGUUAGGUGCUGUUCUGAGCAUUAUUUGUGGCUAUAGAGUGGCGUUUUGGUUGAGGUUUGCUUGUAGCUCCUCAGACCGCUGUGUAUUGCUAUCGUGCGGUCGUUACUAAAGUUGGUAUAACUAGAGAAGCAAGCGGUCGGCAACAUUCAUCUCUUGAGGGGAUGUCUAACUCAGUGAUAUGGUGUGUUUGACUCUUAAUUAAUUUUACACCGGAAUAUCCCUUUAAAUACAACUUGGAGGACUUUGACUUUUAUGCUGUAUUGGGCCGCCCCAGUCAAAACACUGAAAUGUAACCUGUCCACACACAGAAGUCCUGGGUGCUCAAAGUCUCCCUCUGUGUGGUGACGGAGUGAUGACCACGGCCUGUGUUUUGCAUUCCAAGCAGUCAUGCUUCACAGCCUCCCUUUCAUGCUGCAGAUUUGCCAAACGCCUCUGAAUGAUGCGCUUAAGACAACAUUUAGUGAGUUUAAAAGGUUUCAGCAGAGGUGUUGGCUGGUCAAAGACAAGACAGAGCAGGAGAGCUCUCGCUUCAGAGCACGCUAAAGACGCUCGGUCACACACUCGCUGCAGGACAAUCGAACACACUGACACAUUUGCAUGCAGUUAACCACAAUCAUGUACACACUGGAAGAGGUGCGUGAUAAUAAAGACACACAGGGGAUCAAAACACAUUUUGAUAUUUGCGAAUCUUAAUAAAACGGGAAACGUUUGAUUUGAAUGUCAGAACGGCUUUAAACAACUCGAUGGAGAUCUGAAGAGGGAUUUUCCAGGAGCUCAGCCUUCGUUGAGUCUGUUUACUCAAAGUGUUUAAAAAUAUCCACUCAUUUCUUUUCUUUGUGUGUUUAUUUGGAGGUAUCUGAGCAAAUGCACUAAUGUGAAGUAUGUGUUGAAAUAAGAUGUCUAAAUGACAGCUCGGGCUGUUGUCACACAGCUUAACACUCAAGGAGUUGCGGUCUGGGGGCCUAACAGUGCACUGCUUAUGCCCGCAGGUGUGUGUGUGUGAGUGUGUGUGCAUGAAUGAGUGAGUGUGUCUAUGUGUUUAAUGUGGGCCUGCAGCUUGAAGUGUUUGUAUGUUUGUGCCUUUGUAAAGUUCAUGUGUGUGUGGUGCCGCUGCAGCUCCUUUCGGGCUGGCCUGUGUUUAUCUUGGCCUGAUCCCAGACCUUCAUCACUUCUCCGCUGAUAGCUCCAUUCCUCCAUCCCUCUGUCCCUCAGGCUAUUUACAAGUCUACCGCAGACUGCCUUUUUCCCUGCGUGCCAACAUCCAAUCCGUUUUCCUCCCUGUCCUCUCCUCUCCUUGCUUUCACACUGUCGUCAUCCGCUUUAUCUCACUCUGCUUGCUUGAGGAAAUCUUUCCUGUCUUUCUCUCUCUCUCUUGUCCUCUCAGCCAAAGGGACCAAAUCUGGCCAAUUUGGAGCAUAUAUGCACAUCCACCCUUUACUCAUUCUCUCCUCUGAUUCAUAUGUUUACACAGCACAGUGGGGACGAGAGAUUUGUCUUUCUGUUCUCCAUGUAGAGACACAAUUUAAGUGUUUGCACCAUGAACUUAUUUCAUACUCUAAUGUGGACUCUGAAGAGUAAAAUCAAUGUUUUAAACGCAACUCUGAUGGUUUAAUGAUUAUAUGUUCUGUGUUGUACUACAGAAAGUCAUUUAGCUUUCAUCAAAUGAUGUCAAACUUGUUAAUGGAGGGGAAAAAUUGAGCUUUUAUUUGUACAAUCCUCUGAGCGACAAAUUAGAGCUUGGGUACGGCAGUUAAGGCAAAGUGCUACUUAUAACCGUAGAGCUGGGGAACAGCUGAGUCCAAAAAAGUCAAACAAAAGCUAGAUUUUAAUCUAAUAUGGCAGAAAUUAAAAGGAAAUUUGUGAAAAAGGUAGCUUACACUUUAGAAAUCUUGACACCACAACUCGGUUUUACUAAUCUGACCUCUUAGCCAAACUUUUUUUAGUACUUUGUUAAAUGAAUGUUGUGUUCAGUCUGAUUUUUUUUACUCACACCUUUUCUUUUUGUCAUUUUAAAACUAACAUUAACACCGAUGCCUCUGAGUGACCUACCAAAGUGAAAGAGACCAGCAGGGAAAGAAGAUUCACUAUUUCUACAGCACAUGGUUAUUUUUGAUGCCUGAAACUUCUGCUGAGGGUGUGUGCCAGAAAAAGUAGGUGAACACACUCUGCGGAAACAUCCUUUGUUUUCAUUUUCCUCUGCAAAGAUAUACUUGAAAGUCAAAAUGAAAGUACUCCUCAUCUGUUCAAUAGUUAAAAUCUGCUGUGAGAUGAGGUAUCACCAUAGGCUGUAAAUACUAUGGACAACUUGGUUCUGCUGUCUGCCAGUAUAAGGAUUUGAAGCUGAAAAGCUCUCUGUGUUUCCGUGAAUUUUCUCCAUUUCCCGAGACCAACAUUACGCAGUAGAGGGCAGAUUGCGUCCAUUCUAUAUACAGUCUAUGGGUAUCACUUAGAUCACAGGGGGCGCCAAAACUGGUACAAAUUCCUCCCAAGAGCCUCAGUAUUGAUAUCCAGUUGACCUUUUUUUGUGAAUCAAGCUUACAAGUGUGGAUCCAGACUUUUUUUUUUUUUUUACUGGGUAGCACUAACUGGGGCGUGGCCUCUUCGUAAGUAUGCGCACUUACACGAACACAGACUCACACCCACAGAAAAAUGAACAGCUUUAAGAAACAAGUCUAUCUUUAAUGGACUUUGAUCUGCUUUGACCUCUGUCAUUUAAGUAUCUACCAGUUAUAACUUUUAAAAGUACGUAGUCUGGAGGGGGCAUUUUUUUAAAAAUUCACGUGUGAUUUAGUAUCUUGAACUUUUUAUAUAUCGCACGUGCGAUUUAGUAUCUAGUGUGAUUUAGUAUCUCGACUGUGCAUUUUUUUAAUAUGUAUCUCAUACGUUCGUUCUAUUUGUAUCUUGCACAUGUGUUUUUGUAAAUAAUCCUCCGCGCUCCUCAUUUGUGAGAGAAGAAGGACAGUGUCAUGGACAGAAAGCAUAUUAUCAACAUUUUCUUUCAUUUAGGUAUGACUCACAAAGAGAUACUCUAUAGCUGGGCAACAUUUGGUAUUGUUUUGAGAAGGAGACACCUCAUCAGGAUCCUUACGGCACAGGGACUUUGCCAUUGGUGAUAUUCAGACUUGGAAGAAAUUAUUUUUUUUAUUAACGAACAGUUAAAUCACACAUGCUAUAUAAUAAAACGCACAUGCGAAUUUAAAAAAACAAACUAGUUCAUGUCCCCUCCUGGGCUCCGUAAAAAAUGUGGCCAGACUGAGGGGCUACGUUUAAAUACUUCAUAUUUGAUCUUCAUUGGAAAGGCUGCUGUGAGGAACUUUUGGAUUGUGUUGAUUUUGGUGCCCCCUGUGGACAGAGUGAUGAGUCCUAUAUCUUGUGCUGUACAUGUAAAAAUAGUGUUUUCAGACCAAAACUUCAUUCUGUAGUCUUUUCAGAGAGAAACAUAUCACUCAGUGUGAGUAUUUCCUGCAGAUUAAGGACAGGUCUGUUUGUAUUUGUGGUCUGCUGUCAGUCAUAUGGUCUGACACCUUUCCUCUCACAGCAGUUUCACACAUUAAGAGUCACCAGCUUUGUUGCAGUGGUGUUUUUUUUUUUUGCUUUGGAAGGUCAUUAAAAGACACCAGCAUCUAAAGCACGACUAAAAAUAAGAAGUCCUCAGUUUGAAUCAGAACUGCAGGGGUGAUUCGUCUGGAGUUUUACAUUAAAGUUUACACUUUCUGACAGGAGGACGAUGACUGGAUCUUUGCUCCCAGUCCCCAAAGUUCAUCACUUUCCUUUAGCAUCACCUCAUUUCUACUUUACACAAAACUACUCUGACCCCAAACCACUUCAGAGUGACUUUUCAAUUGUCACCUCUUAUCUUUCUGACUGAAUUACAGCUUCAAAAGGACUUUCACUCAAGUAGAAUGAGCACACUCACAGUUUACACUCUAAACUCCAGCCAGCAGUUAAAGUCCUGCCAGUAGCCAAAGUUGACUUAUUCCCAUGUACUGUGAAGCCAGUGUCACCCUAAUGCUGUUGUGCUUGUGGUUUCUGGAGGUAUACUGACGCAUUCCUUGGCCGUGCGCUCAUCUAAACAAAGCUAGUUAAAGAGGACACACAGGGGCUCGGGCUACACACUCCUCUGGGUGGCUCCUAUCUAACACAGGGCUCACGGAGUUUAGGGUUUCCUACGCAUGUCAAGGUAGGUUAACUGUUCCCCGUGUUAGGCGGCUCUGAGGCCCUGGUGGGCUAUCACUCAGGCUCUUUUCCUCUCCCACCACGCCCUCCACCCACCUACCGCCUCGCCUACGCUGACGCACAGGCCGUCUUCUGGCUGUCCUCCCUGGUUUGCAUGCCACAUUUUACCCUUUUUCCUUGUCUGUGUGUCUCAGACCUUACAUCCCCUCUUUUCUUUCCACUCAGAUCAUGGUGUGUCAGAGCGCUCGCUUGUCAGCUUUAAUUACUCUCCCUGUGCUUUUCUGCAUUUAAGGAAACUCUUGCUUUCCUUGAGAGUCUUUAAAGGAGCUGAUUUUCUUGCUGCAGGUGUUGAGGACAAAAUAAAUUAUGUUCUGCUUCUUUGUCGAAAAUGUCUUUUUAAAGCAAGCAGCAACCUCCAGUGUUGAAAAAUUAAGUCUAAAACUGCAGUGUCUAAAGAAUCCACUUGGGGCUGGAUACAAAAUCCAGGGAAACCCGUAAGAGCCGUUAUUGAAGUAUCUGUUUUACAGCUGAAUAAAUCAUGUUUGCAGCUGGUACCAGACACAAUUUGUUCUCUGAUAAUACUGAGUAACAUGAAGAGUAGGUUAUAAAGAAAUAUGGUGCCAAUCAUUGUUGGAUGUUAUUGCUCCUCUUUAGAAACUUUGAGACAUUUCAUUGGUUAAACUACGAAAGAGGAUUAGGGCCACAUAAUGAGAAAAAAAAAAUGACAGGACGGAGAUUUAAGUCAACAUUUCGAGAUUAAAUUUUUUUUUUAAUUUUGAGAUUAAAGUUAAAAUUUCGACUUAAUUCAUGUAAUUUCAAUUCUUUUAAUCUUGACUUUUUAAAAUUUCAACUUUAAUCUCGUAAUGGAAAUUCAAAAAAUCUCCCUCCUGUAAUUAUUUUUUCUCUUCUUGUGGCCCUAAUCCUCUUUCGUACGAUACAGUCUAUCUAUAUUCAUUAAAAUAACUUUUUCACAGACAUUUGUUUAGAAUCCAUGAAUGAUUCUUAAUGUUUUCAGACGCUUGCUGGUCAAGAUUGGUCUGAGUUUCAUAGAAAACAGCUUGCGUCGUCACGUGUGUUCAGGUCUUUUUGGAUCAUGUUUAAACUGAAGUAACCCUUUUUUUUUAAUCAUCAAGCUAAAUUGUAAGCAUGUCAAACUCAAACGCUGUUUUCUGUUGCCUUCACAUCAACACAAACGGCGUGUUGUUUGUUUCAUAAUCCAGUGUUGAGGCUCUUUUGUUGUGUUUUUUAAAGCUCCCAUGAGGAACUUUUGGUUUGCGUACACGUCACUGCCCCCCUGUGAAGCUGUCUUUUCUUAUCUUUUCCUCUACAGGCUUAGGUAUCACCUUCUUACAGAAAAAUCCUAUCUUCUGUUAUAUUUAUUGUAAAUAUUUAUUGUGGAAAAAGUUUAAAAUGACUGUUUCUGUAGCUGCUUGGCUGACACCUAUCUCCUAUAGCACUAAAAUAACAAGAUUAAAACACUCUUAUUACUGAUGGUCUUGUUUGCUUUCAUAUAGCAAAAAAAAUGCAUCAAUAUAGAUUUCAGUCUUUCUAAUUUCAGUCUAAAAAUCCCUCAUAGGACCUUUAAACAUGAAUUUUUACCAGCUUUUCAGUUUCAAUGUCACCUGCUUUCAAAACAAGGGUUUUGUUAUUGUCUGUAUUCAAAGUAAGAGCUAUUUUUAAAAGCAGUCCUACUCCCUUUCAUUCAUCUUUAUAGGAUUUUGUCCACAUAUAUGCAUUUCUGCGUCGACUUUUUGAAGCGUGUUUUUAAACAUCUGUUGUUUUUGUCCUCAUUUCCUAUUUUCAAGUCCCUCUCACUGUCUUACAAUCAUGUUUAUUCCACUUUUUUUAAAUGUCUAGUCAAAUUCAGGAUUGUCAGCUUUAAAUGAAGCAAGCACCUCCUCCUCUCACCUCUCAGUUGUCUGCAGUGUUGUUAUGUUUGGGUCGCUGUGAGGUAGCGAGAGAGAGACAGUCCAGUCCUUAAAUCUCACACGUCUACGCCUGCACACAUAAAUAAUCACACCACUUCCAGGUUUACCGAGCCUGUUAGUGUCCUUUACUAAACAAGCUGUGUUACAACUCUGUUGCUUGACUGUGAAUGCAGGCAGUUUGUGAGUCCAAACUAAAAUAACUUUUUGCAGAAGAAAAAUAAACGGACAGGGAUUUUUCCUGAGAGGAAACCUUUAGUUUACUAUAUGACAUGUUUCUUAAUAGUGCUAAAGUGUUCAGUGUUCUUUAAAUAAACAAUGUGGAGUUUUGCAUAGUGGGGCAUGAAAGAAUGCAGGAGUCUCGCUGCCCCGCUCACACAUGUCAGCAAUUUGGCUGCCUUGUGUAUUUUGGAAGUCGAAAAAAAAAGGAACAUUUCAAAGUAAACGAAAGAAGGAAAGUCUUAUCCGCCUGGCAGCUGCGCUCCGGACCAAAUUGCUUUCAGCUGAUGCGCUGCAGCUCAAACUUGCUUGGGUAAUGUCAAGUGAUGCAUUGCAAUACUGAGAAAACAACACAGACAAAAAAUAAAUAAGACGGGAGAGAAAGGCUGGAAAGUUCCAGUGAAGCCCACAAAGCCCAGCGACACACAGACACACUCAUGGACACUUUAAGUUUAAUUUUUAAUCAUUCUUCAAUUUGGUCAAUAAAAUGUUUUACAGAGCCCCUGAAGCCUGCAGAGGCAACCAGUUUUUAUCUUGUACACACAACAAAUUAUACAAUGCACAUACAAUUUAUGGCCUUUUUAUGAUGUGUGAUGAAUCAAGCACAAAUAUUCAUUUUUGGCCAAAAAAAUCACAAUUAUUUCUGAAAAGAUCAAAUGCAUAUCAGGUCUUUCUUUUGUAGUAGUAAUGAGCUGGAGACAAUGAUUGAACACAGAAAUCCAUAAUAUCACUAAUUUUGCCUUUUGAGCUGCAGUUACUCCACAGUAAAAGUGUUUGAUACUAAAUUCCGUUUUUUUCAAACAUACCUGUACCUAAAAAAAUGGACCUAGAUUAUUUUAUUUUAGCUGAGUUUACCCUGACUGAACACAACAUGUGGCGCACCCUUCACUCCUCCCAGCAGAGGGCUCUAUCUUUUUAAACACAAGAUGCUAGUUCGAGUGUAACGCUCGUAAAAAUAAAUUACAGACAUUAUUGACAUAAUCAAAGAUACUGGUAUAUUAUGACAUUUAAUUCGGGUGACCAUACAUCCUCUUUUACCCGGACAUGUUAUUUAUUUUUUGGGGGCUGUCCGACAUUGUCAGGGGGAGUUUAUAAAAUCCUUCAAAUGUCCGGGAUUUUGUUUGGAAAUUUUGAGUUUGUGUUGUGUGGACUUAGGGCGUUAGAAGCGCUUAAAAAACAAUCAACCAGACCCGAAAUACUCUCAAAAUUUACUUAUCGUGACUCUGUGACUCCGCCCCUGUUUAGUGGUGUCGUCUUUUGGGGAUUCAGAAUAUCGUCACCCUAAUUUAAUGAUAGCAGAUAAUGACAAACAGAAUCAGUACUAUUGAUGGACAUGCAAGGAACAGUGCACAAGUUAUUAUACUGUGUACAGAUUUAUUACCAGUAGGGCUCUAAAGCACAUGAAAUUUAGAGUUAUAUAUUAUUGUGAAUGAAUGAAUGAAUGAAUGAAUCACAAACAGCCAAGCAAUGGUAGGUACUUGCUUCCAUUUUCAAGUGAAACUAAUGCAAUUAUGAUAUUUUUUGUAGCAAAAGCAAGGACAUUAUGAGCAAAGGAGGAGAUCAUAUUCAAAAAGGGGAAGAGCAACACUUGUAGACGUGAAAUAGAUCCAAACCUGAACAAACUGAUGAGAAGUCACAUAAAACCCCUCAAAAGUUCAAAUUUGUUGUUCAAGUAAAGUUGAGAAAAUUCUUCAUCUCGCACACGCCAAUGUCCAGGUCUGCAGCAGCUGCUGAUGAAGAUAAUAAUGAUGCACAUGCUAUGAUUUAUUUCCCACAUUACUUUGUGUAAAUGCACGCUGGCAUCAGCUGCUAUCUGACAAACAUGCACUGAAUGCCAGUGCAAACAAACUCUUUGGAAAACAAAUGAAGGUGUAAAUCAAGAAUUAUACAAGAUUUGUUUUUCUUCCAGUGUGAGAGCGUGCUUCCACAAAUACACUCCAAUAUUAAAUCUUCCAGCACAUCAAUAAAACCUUUGAAUCACAAAUUCACUGAAAAUAUACAGCACAAUUACAUAGUUUCCACACACAAACACACGGGAUGGAUACAGUGAUGUUUCAAGGCGAGGGGAGGUAAUUGGAUUUUCCAUGUUGAGGAAUUUGUUUCAGGUUUGUUAACAGAACAUCUGAUUUUAGAGAGUUAAGAUUUCAUACCUUUAGGAUCAUGUUUAUCUAUAAAUUCAUGCUCAUGAAAUAUCCCCUGAUGCUGAGACUCAUCAUCAACAUCAUUUGUACCUUUUGUUUUAGGUUUUCACAGAAGCAUAUUCACAAAUCAUAUCACUUUGAAAAUGUUUUAACCUUCGACAGUGAGUUUUACAAGUGUUGUUUCCUGAAGUUAGGACCUAACGGGGUUUUAAAUGAUUGGUCAAUAAAACAUUUGUAUAAAAACCCUUUAGAAAAUAAUGCAUGACUGAAUCUUGCAUAUUAAUGUGGAUCAAUACUGUGGUGCUAAUAUUUGAUUUCAUUUUAAAUCAAGUCCCUUUUAUUUUCUUUAUACAGACAUUUAAUAAUUGAUUUGAAAUAUAGCCGGAGGUAGACGUUUAAGUUACUGUUAAUUUAGUGGUCUGUAACUGUAGCUCUAGGUUUAUGAAUCUCUAAUAAACGGUCGUACCGUGAAGACAUGGAUGUUAAAGACUUCCAUUUAAGAUGACCAAAAUUACGAUCUUUUUAGAAGUUUAAAUCUUGAGUCAUGACAGAAAAAGUUCUCCAAAAAGUUGUGACAUGAAAAAGUCAGAAAGAGUCAUAAAUUCACAAGAUAAAGGCUAAAUUAAGAAGAUUCAAGUCUAAAAUCAUGAGAAUAAAAGUGUAGCUUACAAGAGUAAAGUUGUAAAAGCAAAAAGAGCCAUAAAUUGGACUUUGUAAUAAAAAGUAAAACAAGAAAAGGUAUGAUUAAGUCAUAAUACUUAACAAGGACUUAUAAAAAAGUAAUUAAUUUAUGGACUAUUUACAAGAUAAAGGCACUGACUAUUGUUUGGUGGUCAGGCGUGGUAAACAUACGGAGUUCACUUUAAAUGUAGGCGAGUCAUUCCCACUAAUACGUUUUUUUAAGCCCCUAGUGUAAACAAAACCACAGUUUCAUGGUGGCCAAUCAGAUUUCAAAGAUGGCCGUGGUGCGGCUUAUUUAGUGAAGUUAGACUCAGCAGAUGAGGACAAACAGCAGCUCAGACUGUGUUUUGGGCAGUCCCAAAACCAUUUAUGAGAUUUAUUAUAAAGUAUAACGUCACAAGAUGAUAUUCCUCUUUAAAAUAGCCCGUAGUCCAACUCCUGCCCAAAAGUAUGACUUUUUUUUGUCCUAAAUUCAACCCUAUUUUCUUAAAUUUAAUGCCCUUCUCUUUAAUUCUUCAACUCAAAAUCUCAAUUUUUUUUAAAAGUAGCCCUAAUGCUUUGACAUAGAUAUCACAAUUAUUAGAUUAUUUGUGUGGUCUUGGAUUAAUGGAAAUUGUUUAAAAAUUUCUGAAAUGAACAGUUACAUUUAUUGUCAUGUGUAAAGAACUGUUAGUUCAAUAUUUGUAUGCUGUUAAUCAACACUGAUAAGGUGAAUUAGUAAUCUAGAAAGAGGGAGGCAGACGCCUUCUUUACCUUAGAGUUAGGGCUUAAUCAUACACACUCCAGACUGUGCAAUUUUCUAUUUCAUUAUGUUCUUGAGAGGAAAACAUGGCCUUGUUUUCUCACUGUUGUUAAUUUUAAACAUGAAGAAAUAACUCCGCAGAAGUCUGGUUCAUCUCAAAGGUCUCACUCUGACAAAAUAUUUCCCCCUCCAGAUUCACCACCUGCACACCCUGGACUCUUUGAGCAAAAACAACACACUAGUUUUAAAUCAGAAAAAAAAAAAAAAGAAAAAAGUUUUGGGAACCUUGGUCCAGUCCAACCAGACGAACCAGAGUGCUGCAUGAGCACAACAGGUUCACUAACUCUCCCCCUCAGUCCCUGCUCUGUUUACAUUGCGCUGGCAGGGCGAUCUGGAAGUGUUUGGCUCGGCUCCGCGCUCACUGGGAACUAUCAGACGAUUCACAUUUUAAACUAUUUUGAUAUCAGCUCUGUGGAGAGUUGCCAUUUCCCUGAGAACAUGACUUGCCUCUGGGCUCUGGGGCCUGUCGCACGGCCAGAAGAAUAAACACAGUGAAGGGGAGGAGGAGAGAGGAGAGAGGAGGCGGGGAGGGAUGAAAGAGGGUGAUGUGGGAGAGAGAGAGAGAGAGAGAAAGAGAGAUAGAGAGAACUUCUGAAAUAAAAAGAGGUUUUAAAAAAAGAAAUAUAAUCUCACUUUGUGGCGGAAAUCUCUCGAGCCUGAGGAUACAUCCAGUGUUAUUAGACUCUGUGGAAAAAAUAAGUUUCAGAUAAGUGCCUACAUUCAUCAUAUCAGAUGGAACAACAAAGAUAUACUAUAAAUAGAGAAGUGCAAAGACCAUAUUUGAGCUCAUGAUCAUGAUUGAACAGUGUUUGCUGCAGUGAGCUCCGGGCACAAGCUUUUGUGGUGAGUAAACGGCUCCUAUGCAGAGGUCAAAGGUGACUGAAUUAUAGGGGAAACCUCCAGCCUGGGUUAAUUUGGUGAGCUGUUAAAUUUCACCCUGCUCAUGCACUGCCUAUAAAGCUGUGUAUGCGCGCGUGUACGUGUGUGCAAGUGUGUAUGUGUGUUGUUUGAGUUUAUCCUGAGACUGUCGAAACCUCAAAAAUAAAGACAUGUCUCUCUGGUUUUUGACUCUAAUAACUUUUUAAAAAGUUGUAAAUGAGCUGAUAUUAUGACAUUAGUCCUGAACAUUUCAUUCAGUGCCUAGGCUACCCUGCAUUAGAGAGGGAAAUAUCAUGUUUUUAACAACAUCACAUUUUUAUAUGCUUUGGGCUAUAAUCAUAAUUAGAUUUGAAUAUAAAUAUGUUACAUGUGACACUGUGUAACAAAUCCUAUUCUCUCUCUCUCUCUCUCUCUCUCUCUCUCUCUCUCUCUCUCUCUCUCUCUCUCUCUCUAAAUGGUACUUUUUAAUUGACAUUUCAUGAACACAAACGGAUUAUCAUCUUGCAAAUUUCUGGACAGGCUCUUUCACACCAAUUGUAAACAUUUCACAUUAUUUUACCUUUGAUUUUAAGAGUUUAUUUCUGUUUAUUUUUGUUCUUUUCAGCUAAAAUCUUUUACUUUUACCUCUGAGGUCAAUUUUUUCCAUGUGUUAACUUUCUUAGGCGUUUUUACAUGAACAAAAUAAAACAAAAUAGAAUACAAUAGAAUAAAACAUAACAAACCACAAUUGUAUAUAUUAGAAUAGAUUAGAAUAGAAUGGAGUAGAACAGAAUAAUAGAGUAUAAAUUAGAAUAGAAUAGAAUAGAAAAGAGUAGAAUAGAAUAGCACAGAACAGAAUAGAAUAGUAUAAAUAGAAUAGAAUAGGACAGAAUAGAACAGAAUUGUAUAAAUUAGGAUAGAAUUGAGUAUAAUAGAAUAGAACACACUAGUAUAAAUUACAAUAGAGUAGAAUAGAACAGAAUAGAACAGAGUGCAACAGAAUACAAGAGUAUAAACUAGAAUAGAAAAGAGUAGAAUAGAAUAGUACAGAACAGUAUAGAAAAGCAUAAUUUAGAAUAGAAUAAACAGAACAGAUAGAAAAGUAUAAAUAGAAUAGGAUAGGAUAGAAUAGAACAGAACAGAAUAAAUCAGAAUAGAGUAUGAAUUAGAUUUUAUUUAGUGUGUCUAACAGUCAAAAUGGCUAUGUAGCUGAAACUGUCAGUGUUGACUGAGUUUGACUUAGGUCAACUUUUAAAUGCAUGUUUAUUUUUUCUUAACCCACAUUGGUGAACACUGUGAUAGGUUUUCAUGGGAAUCAAUUGCCUUAAACUGUCUUUAAUUUAACACACUAUAAAAUCCAAAGUCAUACCUUGAAAUCAUUGGUUUACACACUUAUAAUCACUUAUGAGUGUUUUUUAUUUCUCCUACUUUCUGUAAACAGAAUCUUCACAUGAGAGCACUAUAUUAUACUGGAUAAUUGCCGUAUGUAACUUUGCUAUUAAAAUGUAACUUUUAAAGUGGGGAUGACUGACGGUGAGUGACAAAUGUCUGACUUGGAGACUUUCCUCAUUUUAAACUUUAUGAGGGCUGACUCGUAGAAAAGCAGCUGUCUCGAACCUCCUUGUGUUGCCUUCAAAGCUCUAUUAAAACUGACACACACUCCGCUAAUUACAAGUCAGCUGCACUCACUUGAAUGGCUUGUUUCCUUUUGAAUUGUGAUUUACAGUCAUUUCUAUAACCCGCUGUGACAGUCUUGACAAGAGGCAAACACUAUGCUCUGUACAAUAAAAGGAUUGUGUUGUUCUAUGCAUGCAUUCUUGCGUGGUUGUGUAUGUACAUAUUGCUAAAAUGUAAUAACCCUCUGGCCAAUCAGCAGGCCGGCCUUUUCUGCUGCGAGUUGAGUGACCUAUUAGCCAAAUGUGUUUAUUCAGUGUUUAGUCACUAUUACCCUCAGUAUGAUCCCUGCGCUAAAGGGCUAAUGGCUGCAAAUUUCCCCCUCAGCUUGACUCCACCAUAAAAUAAUUGAUCGCAUGUGAGAGAAACUGGCACGCGUUUCCUCUUUUUUUUUUUUUUUUUUAAAAAGAGGUGAUAUCAUGCGGUCAGGCUGCUUGUUUGUCACCGAGAUAGUGUGAUUGCUUCCGGGGUCGGAGAAAGAAAGGAGAGAAGGAAAAGGAGAGAUGGAUAAAAGCGCAAUGUGGUUCUCAGUGAGGCACUUUGGCAUUAAAUCACAUAUCAGAUGAAAGGGUUAGAUUGCUCACGAGCCAAUGAGAGUCAAACUGCAGGUUUAUUUGUGUUGGUUUUAUUUUCCUGAAAAAUGAAACUGAAAUGCAGUAAGUGUUCCUACAGGUGAGUAAAUCAUUCUUAAAGCUCUUUCUUUUUCAAUCAGGGAGAAAAGUCUCGCUCUUACCGCUCAGAUUACACGAUCAAGUUAAAAGGAUAAUCUUCUUCCAAUACAGUUCAUUAUUUUGUAAAAGAGGAAAAAAUCUGCAACUUCUUUAUUGCGAUAAACUUGAAAAUAACAUCUGCUACUUCAGCUGACCGUGUGUGUGUGUGUGUGUGUGUGUGUGUUUGGACUAGUCUACCAUGAUAUCUUUCUUUUUCUUUUGCUCUUUUUUUGUUCUGUGCAUUUGUAAUUAUUCAUCAUGAGCAUCCAAUGUAACACUACCCUGAGCUUAGAGUUGUGUGUGUGUGUGUGUGCAUGUGUGUGUCAGUCCCCUAUAUGUUACAUUUACCUAAACCGCGGCUCUCUUUUUCCUGCUUCAUUUUGACAAAUUUGCGUUUCCAGGAAGUCUCUGAGGUCAGCGCUGCAUCUGUUGUUACUUAGGUCCAAGAUGUAGUCGAGCACUUGCACACACACACACAUAUAUUCAGACACACACACAUUCAUGGCGCAGGAGCUCCUUUGUAUAGGUUACCAGAGAACUGAGACCCAAUCAGACAUGAAGGCGUGUUUAAAGUCCACAAAGUGACUUUAAAGAGGAGUCCAGGUCUAGACCUCCAGAUUUAACAGGAGGUUAAGAGGGUGUUUGUAAGGGAAAUGGAUCAUCAUUUUAAAGACACACUCCGAUGAAAAUCAUGUUUUUUUUGUUUUUUUAUAUGUUCAUGUGACGUUUUUCUGAUGCUUCAUAACAUAUCAUGAGAAAACUUAAUGCAAAAUUAAUUUUCUGAGAAUUUAUUCGUUUAAAUCGCUGUAAAUUUCUGACAGACCCAAACAGCAGGUUCAGAAACAGUGAGAUUUUAUACGUAACCAAUCCAAGCUCCGCCCGGGAGCCCCGCUAUGCAGGCCACACUCUGCAUAUAGAGGAGAAAUAGAGAGGACGAUCACAGAACAAGCGUGUGCGUUAGCGGAUCACAACGCUUGUAAGAAAGCUAAUUAUGAUAUCAGCUUUUAUUGUGUCCCUAAAGACAUUAGUGUCCAAGAGCUGAAUAGCUUCUAUGUUACCUGCCACUUCUACUACACCGGCAAUGUUAGGCUGCAAGCUAACGUGAAGAGGAGUGUGCAGAGCAGCGCUGUCUCUGCCCACGACUCAGAGGAGAAUUGCUAAUGAGCUACUAAAGCUCUGCAGAAGAAAAGCCCUUAAAAUUACACAGGUAACGUGAUUUUGGCUAAAAACUUUAUUAUCACAGUUUAAAGACCACUGAGAACAGUUUGGGUUGUAAAAAAAACUAAAACAAUCGGAGUGGGACCUCAAGGGCUGUGAUUUAGAGUUAUGAAAUCACUUUAGCAUUACACUCUGACAAACUAUUUUCUGGAGAAAAGCAACAAAAUAAUAAAUCAAAAUCAUUAAAACACAAGAAACAAAGUUGGUUACAUACAUUAAUGGGGUAUGAAUACACAUAGAAAUAUGUAUUUAGACCAUGGCAGCGAAACAACUGUAUCAACCUGAAACAGACAACAGCUUUUACUUUUCUUAAAAUAUCUCUGAGAAAAGUUGUAUGAUGGACGUUUAGUCAUUAAAUCUCAACGCUGAUUACAACAGACGGCAUCACUUAUCUGUAAAGCGAGUGGACCCCCUCAUGACUGAGGCCAUCUCUGACUCACUUGAGGGUCCAGGAAGAAGAAAAAGAAGAGACAUGGUGGAAACAAAAGUAAUUGAUUGGGGGACAAUUUGGUUUUGUCCAGGUCUGAUGUACGAUCAAACUAGACCAUCAAAAAGAGGUUCAAGCCUGAAGCUUUGAGUAAAGAGGGUGUCUGCCUUCUGGACCAAAACUGGUACAUGAGGUUUCGUUUGGCAUGGUUGAUUGUGUGAAGCCGGUUGCCCACUUAAUAUGAAGUCAUAGUGUCCAUUCCAACACACUUACAGCCGUUUACUUGCUGCUUCUCACUUGACAAAAGACAGUAUUACCACCAUGUUAGUGACCAAUGGCAAAGAUCUGUCAUCUACUGGCACAUUAUAUCACUGGAAGUUGCUACGAUAAUAGGAAUUAAUAGCAACUGUUAAACUAAGCAUGAAAUGUAGAUUUAGGUACAUUGUGAGCCUGCACAUGAGGUGGUUCAUUUGGACAGGAAGGCCUGGGAUUAGGGCUGUCAUGACAUCAGACUUUCACCUUACGAUCAUUGUGGACAUAAAAUAUCAAUCUAAAGAUAAAAUGUAGGAAUUUAUCAUCAUUUAUCAUCAUGUGACCUAAACCUCCUCAAAGAGGACUUUGUCUAUCUCAAUUGUUUGUCAUGCUUGAUGUUUUUAUGUCUUGCUUUGAGGCUGCUUUAUAUCCUGCAUUGUCAAAGUAUGCUUUUAUUUUGAAGUUACAACUUCUGGUCGAUCUUGAGUAACAGAACUGAAAGAAAACAGUAAACAGAAUAAUCAGAAAGUAUAAAUGUUUGGUUGAUUAGUAAUUCACAAAGGCAAAGCUCUGCUUUUGUUUUUCGAUUCACAAUAAAUCUUGAAAACCUGUUUGAAAAGAUUUGUCAUUCAGAGGGUCGCUUCAGCUAGCUCACUAGCAGUCUGCUACUUCAUCUUUUUAGACUCUCGAUAUUAUGACAUGUAGGACUCCUACUACUAAGCCACAGUAUUAACAUUUGCUUAUUUUUAGCACAACAUCAAUGUCAUAUUUCGUAAGAGAGACAGUCACCGGUAUAUUGUAGUAUAUAGUUGCCCCACUCCCAUACUCACACUGGAGAUUUAAAAUACAACAAACCAAGAAUAAGAUUAAGAACUUUAUUUAUCCCUAAAUAGAAAUUCAAUAAAAUUGAAAUCCAAACUGGUCUGCAAUGUACCAUUGUUCUGCUUUAGAGGAGUAAUGGGCACCAGUAAUAUGUAAAUGAGAGUUCCUGACCAUGAAAAACUCCCAGAGUAGGAAGACAGUCUUAAAUGUUUAUACCAUGUGAGUUUGAAGUUAAAGAUACCUCCUGCAGUCUGUAUAAUAGAAACUUUAUGACUUCUUGAAGUUUUUCUAGCAUGUGUGCAAGCUCAGUGUGUUUCUUUUUCAAAUAUCAGAUUACUGACAUGCAGACUGAGGUUCAUUUCUCAGACUCGUCCAGCUCAAGUGAACAGCACACCUGGAUGGCUACUCCGGCCAAGACAGUAUGUCCACUGCCUCAACCCUUCCCUCGCGUGUUUAAUCUGUCAGAUUUCAUUCCCCUUCAUUCACAUCUCUUCACCCAAAACCACAUUCAUGACCAAACAUGGCCUGAUCCCAUCAAAGUGAAGCUUCAGACUACCUCAGUCGAAACCCUCAGAUACUCCAGUGACACCGCAGAGAAGAAGAAGAAGAAGAGGCCUGUUUGA